UCAGAACCGGAAACUUCAAACAACCAUCGGUGCCUGUGACAUUUCCUUGUUGUUGUGAUAGCGGUCCAUUGUCGGCAUAAAGCCUAGCUGUAUCGAAAAAGACAUAACGAAUAUUCACCAUGGCUUGGAGAUUUAAGGCAUCAAAAUAUAAGAAUUCUGUCCCAAAGUUUCCCAAGAAAGAGGAAUGGAUAUCAGAACUUCCUAUUGGAACAUUGAUGAACUCUCAGGGGAACCACAUCAAGGCCAGUGCUAAGUACAUGGCUUUCAAUGUGGACUCAACAGGUGGAGGCAGUUUAGGGAUUCUACCACUGAAUUGUACAGGGCGACAAGGGAUGAAGAUACCAUUUCUACAUGCUCAUGGAGACCUGGUGACAGAUUUUGACUUCUCCCCAUUCGAUGAUUACCUCCUGGCAACAGGGUCCAGUGACCAGUCAGUGAAGGUCUGGCUUCUGCCAGAAGACCCUGGUUUUGAGAGCGAGAGCAACCAUGUUGUGAAUCUGCCCACUGAAGACAGGAAGAUUGAAAAUGUAUUGUGGCACCCGACAGCUGACGGAGUUCUAGCCGCGUCAUCGUACAGAUCAGUCCAAGUUUACGAUGUCUGCAGGUCCCAGGAGAAAUACGUGCUGGAGGGUCAUGGUGACCUGGUUCAAAGCAUAUCAUGGAAGGGGGAUGGGUCACUGCUUUUGUCGUCCUGUAAAGACAAGACGUUAAGGAUAUUUGACCCCAGGGCUGGCUCCAUAUCUCAGGAAACUCCAGGUCAUGGAAACAUCAAAGAUUCCAGAGUUCUUUGGCUGGGAGACAAGGAUAUCAUCAUGGCAACUGGCUAUGAUUCAUCUAGAGCUCGCUGCAUAGGAUUGUGGGAUAUCCGAAACUUUUCCAGUAAACUACAUUCCGUAUCUUUCGACACCUCUACUGGAAUUCUGAUGCCGUUCUUUGACCAGGAUACCAACAUGGUGUUCGUCGCAGGCAAGGGUGACAACCUGAUUCGCUUCUUGGAGCUUACAGACAAGAGUCCAUACAUCACUGAGGGGUCAACUGACCGUACAGAGCAGAUCAAGGGUCUGUGUACUGUACCCAAGAGGGCCAUGGAUGUGAUGAGUGGGGAGGUGAACCGACUUCUCUGCCUCGUCAACAACGCCAUCAUACCUACACCGUACAUCGUCCCGAGGAAGUCCUACAGAGACUACCAUGAAGACCUCUACCCGCUGACGCUGUCCAUGGAACCUGCCAUGUCAGCAGACCAGUGGUUCUCAGGACAAAAUGACAAGGUAUCGCUCAUCAGUCUCAACCCAUCUAAGAAGCAGAACAACUUCAACCGCCGAGCUGUUUUAUUGACCGGCGGAAGUUCUGCCCCAGCUAGCACCAGUUCUUCUCCAGCACCACAGAUAACCAAUGGGAGUCUGUCCUCUAAAGAAACCUCCCCUCAGCCCAAACCGGUCACUACAAAGCCAAAACCCAUAUCAGAAAAGCCGAAACCUUCCCCAGAAAAGACCCGACCCACGACCCCACCAAAGCAGGUUGAACAGAAAAGACCAUCCCAAGAACUCGAGACUCCUGUGAAAGUAGAGGAAGAUGUGCAAGGGGCAGACAACUCUGGCAGAACAUCCCCAGUGGCUGCUGCAGCAGCGGUAGAGCAACCACAAGAAAACGCUGAACCCCCUAAACCGGUUAAAGUGUUUACAGGUGUCCGUGCGUCCAAGUUCCGUCACUUGAAAGGUCAGAUUCUACACAAGAGUCGUCACAUCGACAACCUGCGGAAUGUCAGCACGACAGUGCCGGGGGAGAGUGACAUGUUUGCCGCCAACACCCAGCGCUGUGCAGUGCCACUGGAGGGACCCGGGGGUCUCAUCAUGAUCCUGGAGCUGGACCAGCCCAGGCACCUCCCCGACUCUGGGAACCCUGCCCUCCAAAACGGAAGCAAGGUGAUGGAUUUCUCCUGGGACCCGUUCGAUAACCACAGACUGGCAGUUGCGUGUGAUGAUGCUAAGAUCAGAAUUUGGACCAUUCCUGAAAAUGGCAUAACAGAAAACAUGACUGAGGUGGAUAUGAAUCUUCGAGGCCACAUGGAGAAGAUUUACUCCGUACGCUUUCAUCCCCUGGCACGAGACAUCCUGGUGUCGACGGCAUCGUACGACAUGACGGUUCGCAUCUGGGAUCUGGCAGACGGGUCCGAGGUCAUGCAGCUGGAGGGACACACAGACGCGGUGUUUUGCUUUGCAUGGAGUCCGGAUGGAGAUCUUUGCGCCACAGUUUGCAAGGAUGGAAAAAUCCGGGUGUUUGAUCCAAGGAAGAGCUCACAGCCACUCAGAGAAGGUCCAGGACCAGCUGGGAGUCGAGGUGCGAGAGUGACCUGGGCACUUGGAGGGAAAUAUUUGUUUGUGUCUGGCUUUGACAGAAACAGUUUACGAGAAGUUAUCCUGUACGAUGCAGCUGACCUGACCAAGCCACUUGCGCGGGAGAACCUCGACAUCUCACCCGCCAUUCGCAUCCCCUUCUAUGAUGAAGACAGCUCUGUUGUCUUCCUCCAGGGCCGGGGAGAUCGUCAGGUGUGUGCCUAUGAGAUCAGCGAGGAGGAGCCCCAUCUGUUUCCAGUGUCAGGGUUCACCACACCUAACCAAUCACAAGCCUUGUCUUUCAUGCCCAAAACUAGCUGUGAUCCUAGAAUUGUUGAGUUUGCCUUUGCGUGGCGCCUCACCAAGUCGAGUGUCGAACCAGUGUCUUUCACCGUUCCCAGAGUAAAGAUGGAGUAUUUCCAAGAUGAUCUGUUUCCUGAUACCCGAGUGACAUGGGAACCAGUCAUGACCAGUUCCGAGUGGUUUGCUGGAUCCAACAAGAAGCAGCCCAGAGUCAGUGUCAGACCAGCAGACAUGAAACCAUUGAGUGAGGCCCCAGUCGAGGCGCCCAAGGCCAGGAAGUUUGAGAGCUACAAUGCCAGCACAUACAAGUCGGACGACCAGAAGAAGGAAGAGCUGCUGAGUGCUAUGGACAAGAAGCUAGACAUAAAAGACACCCCCAUGCCUCAGGACCUAGCAGAGGGGUGGACGACGAUGAAUGGGACGACUGAUGAGGACGUGGAACUAGAACAUGCAAGUAUCUCAGGCGUCAUGGCAGGGUUCAUGGAGACUGGGGUCAGCAUAUCAGUGUGUACAUAGUCUCGUUUAUAGAUGACGGGGAAAACGAACAUAUUUUUGUACAGGUGCGAAAUAUGACCAUAUGAAUGCUACUGUAUGCAUAUCAUUUUAAGCAUGGUGGUUGCAAAGGUUUUUUAUAAAAUGAUGAUGAAUGCUUCUUUUCAAACAGGUUGGCUCGAAAACAAAGAUCACAAAAAUGUGGACAGCAGCAUCACGUGUCAGUGUGGUUUGGUUUGAAAAGAAUAAAACUUGUGUCAUAUUAACUGAUAAAAGAUAUGACAGCGACAGGGCAUUCAGUGAAGGGUUUGUAGAUGUUCCUCCUACCUCCCAAGUGAAAUCUAAACUGUCGUGUGCAAUGUCUCUCUAUUUUUCUUGCUGUUUUCUUUUUCAACAUUCCUUGAAGCUACCUCUUAACGGGUGUUCAGCUACAUUUCCAGUGGAGACCUGUAACCUAGGUGUCUCAGUCGUGUCAUUCCACUCAAUGAUCACAUGCUAUCAUGAUCAUCAAUGGAAUAUUGUUCUAGUGAUCAUGAUGACAAACUUCUAGUUCACAACAAAAAUACUCUCCUCAAGUUAUUUUUCUGAGAAAUUUGUCAAAAGAAAUAUAUUUUUUAUGACACUACAUUUCUCUGUAAUGCAUUUUUGUUACACAGGCAGCCUUUUUUGGUUUUAAUUCUAAGAUUUUUAGGUUUUGAAUAUAGUUGUGUCUGUAACUCAACCACAGUUUUGUGUUCCACAUGCAUAGUGAAGCCUGCUUCAAAAUCUCCUUGUUUGACGCAUCAUUUUCAAGUUUGUUUGUUUCUUACAUUCGGUACUAUGUACUUCAGUCUUUUAACAGGAUUUCAGAUCCAUAUAUUUUUGUUGUCUGCAUAUAUUCAUAUUGAAGUACACACCAUCAAAAACGUAUAACAUCAUAAAAAUGUUCUGUGUUUGAGAAUAUUGUUUAUAUUUCUAUAAAGUUAAAACACUCCCUGACAUAUAUAAUGUGCAUCAUCUAAGCAAGACAUCUAGUCCUUCUGCAUGUGACAUGCUUUGGUAACAUUGUGGUUUGUUUGCAAACCCAUGUGGAUUUGAAGCAAUAGGAGAAAGGGAGACAAUUCAGUAUGAGUGCAGUUAUGUGAGUUUUAGGUCUUUGCUGACAAGAGAAAGCUUUUAGUGUCAAAUUUCACACAUAAUAGUCAUUUCUUAUAUUUGUCUGUCGAAGGAAAUGUUUUUCAAUAAAUAUGGAGAAGGUCCCAUUGAUUUGAAUUUGACCUUGAGGAUCUUCAGGGAAAGGUCAACAUUUUAACCCAUGUUUUUUCUGCUGUAACUUCAAAUUACUCAAUUUUUUAUUUUAUGUCAUUCCAAGUAAGUCAAGUUAGAGUUUCUCGUUGUUUUGAGUUAACAGAUAAUGCUGGAUGGAUCUCCCUCUUGAGUUACUGGAUGUUGUCACCCUAGUAGUAUUUGUUGAUAUAGUGCAAUUUCUUGUCAUGGAAUGUUUUAGUGAAUUCAUUAUUAUUUUUGUUUAUAUGCUAAGUUUCAUAUGAAGGCCAGGCCAUUUUGUUUUCUUGUUUUACAGUUAUACAGUACCAUUUAGUCUUUCAGAUGUUUUAAAAUUAUAUUUUUUCUGAAAAUAUAAACACAGAGUUUGACAAUUUGUACAUUAUAUUUGUCUUUAUGUAAUUCUGACAACUAAUUAUUGUUUUAACAAAGAAAUUGUGAAACAAGACAUAAAACUGGUCCAGCCUAAGCACUGUAAAUUGAAUGAACAUAGUGUUUGCAUUGUCAACAUUUAGGGACACUUACUGGUGUCCAGUUUGUUUUUCUGUCACAUGUAUAAAUGUGAACUAUUUGCGAGUUUUUCCUGAUUUCGUGAGCAGUAUUACCAUAUUUUGUUUGCAUUCAGAUAUUAUAAGUAAACUCUCAGACUUUUAAGUACCCAUUUUUUCUUGACAUUCAUUCAUGCGAUCAGCUGAACUCAUUUGCAUAUGCACUAUUUGUUUUUAUGCGAUUUGAUGAGGUUUUCAUUUUGUCCUUCAUUUAUAUCCAUGUGCUCAACAUAGAGUGAUCCUGCUUAUAGUUAACAUAAUCAGGAACUUUUUAUUUCAGUUCAUUGAAUUCUUUCUGUUAUUACAUCCUUGAACCAUAGUCUGCAAAGUUGACUAAAGUUUCCACUCAGAGUUACUUCCCUUAGCAGGGCGAAGGUGCACAGUUUUUGUUGACGACCAGCAUCCAUGGACAGUGUAUACUACCAUAUUGAUCAUGUUAGGUGUCUGAUCCAAUAAGCCCCCUCCACGAAUCACCUUCUAUCCAGUCUAUAUGUAAUCUUUAUAAGUGCUCCUUGAUAAGUUACACUUUACAGGACAGUUCAUAUUUUCUUGUGUCCAUUGUAGAUCUAUUUAUAGAAAACAAUGGAUAACCGCAAUGAAGUAUUGUAUAAAUUGCCUUGUAACCAUUUGUUCACUACCAACAGUCUCUGAAAAGAAAUUCUAAUUGUAUAUGGUUUUGAUAAGUCUCCUCUUUUUCCAUUAAAGAGAAAAUGGUAUAUGUUAAUGCAUUUAUAGUUUGCUGUGCUGCAGCUAGCAUUAUCCAGUAAAAUGUUCUGUACAUUAUCAACUCUGAGCCAGGCAGACCAGUAGUUUAUUGCCUGGUCAUGUUACCAGCAUGUGGGGCCAUGGUGAUAGAGAGCACGACCACCCAGUCCCAUUUAGUCAAGCCUUACAAGAAUGGGACCUAUUCUGCAGAGAUAGACAUGGCUGCCUGUCUGAGAUUAGUGAUGAGCUAGACUGGAGUUUCCUCCCCUGACCUUUUGGUUGACAAUACCAUGAAAGAAAUGAUUCUUUCAUGUUACUACAGUUCAUUUGUUAUACAUGAACGACUAUAAUAAUGCAUUGGCAUGACAAAUUUAAAAGAAAGAAUUGGGUGUUGUUAAUAUAUAUGUACUGAUAGAAGACAUUGAGGAAACUUCUGCACAAUCUCGUGAAGGCACCUUGUAUUUACCCUGUACAAUACCUAGAUAAUGUGACUGUUUGGCUGGGCUUAUGCAAGUCAGACAAAUCAGUACUUAAUAUGUUAUCAAAGAUCAAUGAUACAUAACUCUUUGUCUUUGUGAAAAUAAUACUGAACAAGGAGGAUGAAGCUAUGAAUUCUGGGACAGAUUCUGUUAACGAUGAGUCCCUAAGCAUCAUGAAAUACAAACAUCAUAAUGAGAAAU